AUGCAGAAGAAACAGGAGUGCGCUCUAUGUGAGCAAAUUGCGCUAAACGGGCCGCAGCAGAGGAACGACGUCUUUGGACCAUCAGGGGAUCCCUCUGGGUCCCAUAAGAGGUCAUUUGCUCAGGUUAUACAGACUGACACCGACACAGACGCUGAUUCUUAUGUGGACACUGGUGAUUCCAGGGCAAUAGAUCCAAAAUUAGCUAAAAACAUUCAGUACAUGAUUGUGGCUAUAAAGGAGGUGUUAGAGGUUACGGAGAUCCCUUCUUUCAAAGAUAGAAAAGUAGAUCCAAAGUGCGCAAUAAAUGUUACAGUGGGCAGCCGUCACACAAAAAAAGGGAACACCAUAUCCCUAUGGAAAGAAGUGGUUUUACAAACUAAAGGCUGUAGGAAGAAAUCUACCAUUGCGGAAAGAUUAGAGAGACUCAAGGGCAGAAAAUUCCUUCCUAGUAAGGUUCCUCUUUUUAACAUUAGUGAGUUUUUUGAGAUCCUUAGUAACCAUGGAAUUAAAACAGUCUAUGUUACCAUUUUUGACGUGUUUAGGGUAGAAUUUGGAUUUUGGUUUAAAAGGGAUGGACACACAAGCAGGAAUAUCUCAGAAGGACAUCUAAUGUUAUCCCCGGAUUGUGACAUAAAAGAUGACGACAGUAGACAGGAUUCUCCAGGAGAUAACCCCAUUACCCCAAUUAUACAUCCAGCUCUAUCAGCUGAUCCCCCUGAUCCUGGGAAAUGUUCUCCUGAUCACUCUGAUAUUGGUGCAUCUGUUCCAGCUCUGACAGUAGAUACAGUGUUUCCGUGUUCUAUAGAUGCCAAAUGUUUUACACAGAACACAAAGCCUAUUAACCCACACACAGGUAAGGCAGGUGAAAGGCCAAUAAUAUGUUCUGAGUGUGGGAAAUGUUUUACAUACAUAUCAGAUCUUGUUAUACAUCAGAGAAGUCACACAGGUGAGAGGUCAUUUCCAUGUUCUGAGUGUGGGAAAUGUUUUGCAUGGAAAACACGUCUUGUUACACAUCAUAGAAGUCACACAGGUGAGAAGCCAUUUCCAUGUUCUGAGUGUGGGAAAUGUUUUGCACACAAAUCAGCUCUUGUUAGACAUAACAGAAAUCUCACAGGUGAGAAGCCAUUUUCUUGCUCUGAGUGUGGAAAAUGUUUUGUACGUAAAUCACAUUUUGUUAUACAUUACAGAAGUCACACAGGUGAGAAGCCAUUUUCUUGCUCUGAAUGCGGGAAAUGUUUUACACAGAAAUCAGAUCUUAUUGCACAUCAACGAACUCACACAGGUGAGAAGCCAUUUCCAUGUUCUGAGUGUGGGAAAUGUUUUACACAGAAAUCAGAUCUUAUUACACAUCAGCGAACUCACACAGGUGAGAAGCCAUUUCCAUGUUCUGAGUGUGGAAAAUGUUUUACACAGAAAUCAGAUCUUAUUACACAUCAGCGAAUUCACACAGGUGAGAAGCCAUUUCCAUGUUCUGAGUGUGGGAAAUGUUUUGCACACAAAUCAGCUCUUGUUAGACAUAACCGAAAUCACACAGGUGAGAAGCCAUUUUCUUGCUCUGAGUGUGGGAAAUGUUUUGUACGUAAAUCACAUCUUGUUAUACAUUACAGAAGUCACACAGGUGAGAAGCCAUUUUCUUGCUCUGAAUGCGGGAAAUGUUUUACACAGAAAUCAGAUCUUGUUAGACAUCACAGAAGUCACACAGGUGAGAAGCCAUUUCUAUACUCUGAGAAAUAAAUCAGCUCUUGUUACACACAAUAGACAUCACUCAGGUGAGGAACCAUUUUAAUCUUCUGGAGUAUACUUAUCAUUGCCAUGCGUUGUUCUUCAAGGUUCUUAUCCUAUCUCCUAUGCUUUUUGCAAUAUACAUGUUACCACUGAGUGAAAUAAUCAGAUGUCUUGCCCUCAUCUACCACUGCUAUGCAGAUGACCUGUCUUUUGCUCUGGGUACUGAGAACUCAGUACCAAUCCUAAAUGGUUGUCUAGCUGAGCUCCAGGUGUGGGUGAUGCCAGUUGGCUGUGACUCAGUCCUGGUGAAACAUGUCCUUAUGAUAGAAGCUCACCAACAAAGGGCAGGGCUACAGCUCAGCUUUGCUACCAGCCAGACUUACACUUGGGGGUUCAGGGUUACAUAAUGCUGAUCAUGGGCGGACUCUUUGUGUCCUGGAUGGUGGAGUGACACUUAGACAUCAGGUAUCAGCCACAAUCAGAUCCUCAUCUGAGGAACAUAGCCAGACUCCAGCACUUAUUUCCCUCAGAAGAUCUUCCUACAGUCAUACAUUCACUUGUAUCAUCACACAUAGACUACUGCAAUGUCCUCUACCUGGAUCUCCCAGCAAUAGAAUUGCACCGCUUGUAGCUUUUACAGAAUGCAGCAGCCAGGCUGUUAUCUAACCAGCCCGUUCCUGCCACAUAACACCCAUUCUCUGCUCCCUUCACCAGCUGCCUGUAAGAUGGUGACUAUUACAUAAUCUUACUGACUUUCCCAGCCCGAAAUGACCAGGGUCCAUGGUACCAGAAGCAGCUUCUGCCUCCUUACUGCCCGGUUACUACCAUCUGCAGAUGAAGGACUGUUACCAGCAGUAUCAAGAAACCCCAAGCAGUGCUGAGAUGUCAGAGGUGGAGACAGGGUGGUGGCACUAGUGCUACAGUGGGGGCUGCCGGAGGCACUGUCUGUGAGAAUCUUGUCCUCAAGCAGCGCUAAGGUGUCAGACGGGGAGACAGGGUGGUGGCAGU